AUGAUAUUUACCCGGAUCGGCUAUCGUCUCUUACUCGCCAUCGAAGCAGUCCCAGCCGGUGUCGGCGCUCUUACUCCUCUCCUCCUCCCUGAAAGUCCCCACUACUUCGUCAAGCAUGGAAGCCUGACCAAAGCGACUGCCGCCUACACCCGUCUCUUGUCAAAAGAAAAAGCCGAGCCCCCAGUGUACCGCCUUACACGCGCUCUCGAGCACGAACGCGAUGUCCAAGAAAGUGCUGAAGCUCCCUCGUUCAAGGAAUGUUUUCACGGUGCGAACUGGGGACGCACGCGCAUCAUUUGGUAUGCCAACAUGUUGCAAAGCUUCGUAGGUAUAGCCAUGAUCCAAAACGCGGCCUACUUUCUGGAGCUGGGCGGGAUGAGUGCACAGAAUUCCUUGAAUGUCACUACCGCCUCAUUGUGCCUCCUGCUUCCUGCUGUCCUAUUAUCGUGGUAUUUGAUGGCUCUGCUAGGACGCCGUACAAUCUUGCUGUGGGGCGCCAGCCUGAUUACGGUUUUAUGGCUAGGGAUUGGUAUCGCAUGCUGUUCUAGUACUACUACUGCUUUCUGGUUUGUGGGCUGCGCCAAGGUAACGACCUACUUUGUCCAUGGUCUAAGUGUGGGCGGCAUCGUUCCGGUAGUGGCUUCAGAGACCUCGAGUCUGCGCUUGCGAGCGAAGACCCAGGCCAUGGGAUUCACCGUCCAGUUACUUAUCAGCUGGGUGUUUCAGUACGUGGUUCCGUAUAUGUAUAGCACCGCGGAGGGCAAUUUGGGAGGCAAGGUAGGGUUUAUAUCUGCUGGGCUCUCAGCCGUUGCGCUCGUGGUAAUUUUCUUCGAGAUCCCUGAGAUGAAAGGCUUGCGGGUUGAGGAACUUGAUACACGGUUCGAGCAGAAGGUUUCAACGCGGGCUUUUCAGCACGCUGCAAACGCUCUAACUGAAGGAUAG